ACAUAGCAAGGACUAAAGGGCUGUUUGCCUUUGGAAUCCUCCUCAGCAGAGACAAGUGAAACAAAGCAAUUGAGCCUUCUGCAUUUUAAACCAGAUCCUUUCAGGUUCAUGUGCCAUUUCCAUAGAGUAACCCAGAAGACUUCUCAAUCUUUUCUAGCCUGGGAUUAUAGUCGCAAGAGCUGCCGGCAUGAAGCUUUUCCUGAUUAUUCUGCCUUCUCUUUUCCAAGCUGUUACAAAGUCUCUUCUGGUUCAUUCCAGGCUGGACAGCUAUGCCUGCCCUUUGGGACAGUUCCCCUGUGGCAACCUGUCUGUCUGUUUACCCCAGCUCCUGCACUGCAACGGAGAGAAGGACUGCGACAACGGCGCUGACGAAGAGAACUGCGUGGAUAAUAGCGGGUGGCUGCAGAUCUUGGAUGACAUGCAGCAAACCAAGGGCAGCAGAGCCACUGAGGAAGAGGAGACCCCAGUCUGUGUGCUUGACCGGUUCCCAGAGGAAUGCCAGUGCCAGGGAAGGAUGAUAGACUGCACCGGCCAGAACUUGCACACUGUCCCCUGGGUCUCCUCCAACGUGACGAAGCUGGUUCUGAAUAUUAAUAAAAUCCACUCACUGUGGGACAACCAGUUUAUCAUGUACAGAAGUCUGGAGAAGCUCCUCUUACAGCACAACGAAAUCCAGUCAAUACUGCCCCAUGCUUUUGCUGGACUUUCCAAGCUUAAAAUAUUGUUCCUGAGUCACAAUAACAUCACUGAGCUGAAGCCAAGAGUCUUCCAGGAUCUGCAUCAUCUUGAAUGGCUAAUGCUGGAUAACAACAGAAUUGCCAAGAUCCUCCCAGCGACUUUUGUGGGGUUGAAAUCUCUGUACUUUCUGUACAUGCUGAACAACUCCCUGAGUAGCAUGCCCAACACUUCCGUAUGUGCAGAAAUGCCGAAACUCAGCUGGCUGGAGCUGGAAGGAAACCAGAUCCAUGCUCUAAGGAGCUCAGUGUUCCAGGAAUGCAACACCUUCACUGUGCUGAUUCUGCGCAGAAACAAGAUCAAAUGGAUCCAGGAAGGGGCGUUUUCCAAACUGAACAGGCUGGUGGAGCUUGACCUGUCUUACAAUAGACUGGAGGAACUUCCACCAUCUUUAUUCAGUAACCUGCAUGACCUCCAGCAGCUAAAUAUUUCCUACAACCCCCUGAAGCAGAUCUUUGCCGACCAAUUUGACAGCCUGCCCCACCUGCGCUCUCUGAGUAUUGAAGGUCUGGAGAUCCCCAACAUCCAGACUCGCAUGUUCCAGAAACUCACCAAUCUGUCUCACAUCUACUUUAAGAAGUUCCAGUAUUGCAGCUACUCUCCGCACGUGCGCAGCUGCAAGCCCAACACCGACGGCAUCUCCUCCUUCGAGAACCUCCUGGCCAACAUCAUCCUCAGGGUCUUUGUCUGGGUCAUCGCGUGCAUCACCUGCUUUGGGAACCUCUUUGUCAUCUGCAUGAGGUCCUUCGUUGUCACAGAGAACAGCCAGCACACCAUGGCCAUCAAAUCGCUCUGCUGUGCAGACUGUCUGAUGGGAAUCUAUCUCUUCUUCAUUGGAGCCUUUGAUCUCAAGUUCUCCGGCGAGUACAACAAGCACGCCCAGGUGUGGAUGGCGAGCAUCCAGUGCCAGCUGGUGGGCAGCCUGGCCAUGCUGUCCUCGGAGGUGUCCGUCCUGCUGCUGACGUACAUGACCCUGGAGAAGUAUCUCUGCAUCGUCUUCCCAUUCAGCCAUUAUGGGGCGGGCAAGAAGCGGACCCUCUCCAUGCUGGUCGUCAUCUGGCUGUUGGGCUUUUCUCUCACCCUCGUCCCCUUCUGGUGCAAGGAGACCUUUGGGGACUACUAUGGGAGGAACGGGGUGUGUUUCCCACUCCAGUCCGAUGAGACCGAGCGACCAGGAGCCAGGGGCUACUCCACCGGGAUAUUUCUGGGUCUAAACCUCAUUGCCUUCAUCACCAUCGUGUUCGCCUACACCAGCAUGUUCUACUCCAUCCACACCACGGCCACCAAGACGGCCGAGCGCAGCGUCUUCUCCAGGGAAGUGGCCAUCGCCAAGAGAUUCUUCUUCAUCGUCUUCACUGAUGCCCUCUGCUGGAUCCCCAUCUUCCUCCUGAAGCUUCUCUCCCUGCUGCAGGUGGAAAUACCAGGCACCGUGACUUCGUGGGUGGUCAUUUUCAUCCUGCCCAUCAAUAGUGCCUUGAACCCCAUCCUGUACACCAUCACCACCACCCCCUUCCAGGAGAAGCUCAAGCUGUGUUUGCAGAAGAAGCAGCUGCAGCAGUUGUCACUUCAGGACCCAGAAGAAUCAAGAAAGAGCUUUUACCUGCUAUCCACACACACCAGCAGCACCUGACAGUCCCCAGCGGCUUAGCCUUGGGAGUGGUGACAGGCCUCACUGCUUCAUGCAUGCAGCUCUGAAGGACCAUGUCUCUGUCCUCCCCAGGUGCCUCCCCUGGCUGGUUCAUUGCCCACCCCAAUGACAGCCAUCUUGGGGGCAGAUGAUGCCAAAGGGGAGCUGCCACCACUUGCCAAGUGCUAGUCAUUAUCUCAGCCACCUCUCGACCAUGGAGGGAAUACCACUCCCAGCUGCAGCAACAGUGCCUAGUGUUGUAUAGGAGGCUACAGCAGAAAUGGUCACAGAUAGCCGAUGGGGCCUGAACUUUGCUUGUCUGCCCCACGGUUGAAAGCACUGGAACGCUGCCUGCCCCAUGCAUUCUCGUUGCUGUGUGUCAGUGCUUUGGGGCUGUGGGUUUAGCUGAUGCUGGUUCAGCACAAGGACUAACCAGCAGCUGUGGAAUGGAUGUUGUAUUUCAUCCUAACCCUCUGUUGCAUAGUCCCUGUAGCUCCCUGCCCCUUCGCCCUGGAGCCAAGCUGCAGGGGCAGCUGCUGCAGCAGCCUUUGGAACAGCCGCCCCCAGUGCAGAGCCCCAGAGAGGUGUUUUCUGCAUUGCCGGAAGCAAGUCUGGGUCCAGGGGAAGGAAGGUGGGAGGAGAAGUCUUCAGUGCUUUGAUUUGGGGCCAGAGGCAGCUAGAGCAGACGCCAGCGUGAUCCUGGCGAGAGUUGUGGGCCACUGGUUCUGCCGUGUGGAGUGAUGAACUAUUCAGGCUGCCCUCAGCCCUUGGGGAAGCCUUGGCUGUGGGACCCAGGCAGCCGCUGCUAGUGUGUGUGAAAUGCUGCAGAAGGAAAGGGAGGCGAUGCUGUCCCCUGACACUUCCUACACCACCCUGACCGCUGU